AUGGCGCAGUCGGGCACCGUGCCGAUGCCAACGGUGGAAGCUCCAAGCAACCCUGACAUCAAGCCCGUGGAGGCAGGGUGUGUUUUGUGGUUGCGUUUAGUUGAACGAAGCUCAAGCGUUGGACAUCAGGCAGAUGAUCCUGGGACUGGGGCCGCCGAGGCCGAGCAGAUUGCGCAGUCGGGCACCGUGCCGAUUCCAACGGUGGAAGCUCCAAGCAACCCUGACAUCAAGCCCGUGGAGGCAGGGUGUGUUUUGUGGUUGCGUUUAGUUGAACGAAGCUCAAGCGUUGGACAUCAGGCAGAUGAUCCUGGGACUGGGGCCGCCGAGGCCGAGCAGAUUGCGCAGUCGGGCACCGUGCCGAUUCCAACGGUGGAAGCUCCAAGCAACCCUGACAUCAAGCCCGUGGAGGCAGGGUGUGUUUUGUGGUUGCGUUUAGUUGAACGAAGCUCAAGCGUUGGACAUCAGGCAGCUGAUCCUGGGACUGGGGCCGCCGAGGCCGAGCAGAUGGCGCAGUCGGGCACCGUGCCGAUUCCAACGUCGGAAGCUCCUAGCAACCCUGACAUCAAGCCCGUAGAGGCACGGCAGGGCCGGCAGGGUGUGUUUCUUGCGGCGUUUCUCUAA